AUGCCGACCUCGGCCUCUACGACGUCUUCCUCUUCCCUAACCCCGCCGAGACGUUUCGUACCUCCGGCGGGUGGGGAAGGAGAGCAAGGGAAUGUUCAGAGUCUUCUUCAGCUAUCACUCCUCCGCGGCAAACAUCUUUCGUGGAACUACUUAAAGAAGAUUCUCGGAGCUGGGUUGCUAACAACUUGUCUGUGGCUCAUCUCUCGCCGACGUCGUUCCACUGCGUUGGACAAUCUUCCUGGCCCCCCGGCCGGGUCGUGGCUGUCGGGCUCCCUUGACCUGAUAGCUGAUAAGAAUGGGUGGGAGUAUCAUCGCGAAAUAUCAGAGAAGUAUGGGAGUAUUAUCCGUAUCAAAGGUUUAUUCGGUCGCAAUGGACUCUAUGUGUACGAACCAAAGGCAGCCUUGACACAUAGCUUACAGGAUCAAAAUAUCUAUGAGGAAGCCGAGGGCUUCAUCCAGAUCAAUAAACUUUUAUUUGGUGAAGGGCUCCUCGCGACGCUUGGUGAACAGCAUCGUCGCCACAGGAAGAUGCUGAACCCAGUCUUUUCAAUCGCCCAUCUGCGCGAGAUGGUUCCUAUUUUUUACGAUGUCGUCCGCAAGCUCCAAGAUACCCUUGUGAAGAUGACAGCGAACGGCCCCAAAGAGGUUGAUAUGCUCGACUGGAAUACUCGGGUUGCUUUGGAGCUCAUCGGGCAAAGUGGGCUAGGGUACACGUUUGACUCGCUAGAGGAAAACUCUAUUCCUCACCCGUAUGCUGUUGCUGCGAAGAAAAUGGUAUCAGGGUCAAGCGAAAUACCCGCCGUCGUUAGAAAGUGGCUCGUACCCACCAUCGUGCAGCUCAUACCUCGUCGCCUCGGUCGAUUCUUGGUUGAUUGGGUUCCGUCGCAGACCCUUCAUCUGCUUCGUGAUGGCGUGGACUUAUUCCAUAAGACGUCUGUGGAAAUAGUUGAGGCAAAGAAGAAAGCAAUCCAGGAAGGAGACGAGGCGCUAACAACACAGGUUGGCAGAGGGAAGGAUGUCAUUAGCAUCUUGAUGAAAGCUAAUAUGGCGACUUCGGCUGAGGACAAACUAAGCGAUGAGGAACUUCUGGGCCAGGUGACGACAUUGACUUUCGCCGCCACGGAUACGACAUCUGGAGCCUUAUCUCGUAUCAUUCACCUUCUUGCCACCCAUAAAGACUACCAAGCCAAAGUUCGAGAAGAAAUCAGAGUGGCAAGGAAGGCGAAUGGCGGCCAGGACCUUGGGUACGAUGCUUUGUCGGCCUUACCGUUCCUGGAAGCGAUCUGCCGAGAGACCCUCCGCUUAUAUCCACCGGUUUCUACCCUUAUGAGAGUCGCCCGUGCAGAUAUCAUGCUACCCCUCGGAAGUCCAGUAAAGGGAAUAAACGGCGAAGAAAUUCGCGAAAUACCAGUCCCCAAGGGCACACCCAUCGUUAUCUCCAUCUUGUCUUCGAACCGAGACCCGAAAUUAUGGGGUCCGGAUGCUUAUGAAUGGAAACCUGAGCGAUGGCUUAAACCGCUCCCAGAGGCCGUUGUCAAUGCGCGUAUUGCGGGAGUUUAUUCCCAUCUGCUUACGUUUUUUGGAGGGAGUAGAGCUUGCAUGUGA